AAAGAUCAGAACUGUACUCUGUUCUGCGCGUGAAAUGGAACGUUGGGCGAAUCGUGUUGCUGUGGUCACCGGUGCCAGUUCGGGCAUUGGCGCUGCAAUUGCGAAAUAUCUUGCUAACAAUGGCAUGAACGUGGUGGGACUGGCGCGUCGUAAGGAACGCAUCGAAGCAUUACGCGAAGAGGUAAAAACGGAGGCACAAGAUCGUCUGCACGCCUUGCAAUGUGAUGUGCGCAAUGAAGAAGAAGUCAUUGCAGUAUUCAAAGAUAUCGAAUCAAAGUUCGGACCAGUCGCGGUGUUGGUAAAUAAUGCGGGUAUUGUGCGUACAAGUGAUUUGCUGAAGGAAGACAAUUCACAAGAUAUGCGCGAUGUGAUCGAGACGAAUGUGCUGGGCGUGGUGUGGUGCACGCGUGAGGCCUUCCGUUCGAUGAAGCGGCUGGUGGACGGUGAUGGGCAUGUGUUUCUUAUCAAUAGCAUAGCUGGUCACAAUGUGCCGGUCAUAAAGAAUUUUUCACUAAACAUCUAUCCCUCUUCGAAGUAUGCAAUCACUGCAUUGACGGAGAUCUAUCGACAGGAGUUUCUGAGUAAUAAUACAAAAAUUAAAAUAACUAGUAUUAGUCCCGGUGGUGUGGCAACUGAAAUAUUAGGCGAGGAAUUGAAAUCGCUUGAAAAUGUGCCCAUAUUGAGGUCGGAAGAUGUCGCUGAUGCUCUGAUUUAUUGUCUACAGACACCGCCACAUGUGCAGAUUCACGAACUGACUAUAAAGCCUAUUGGGGAGAGUAUCUAAGUUUUUGGCUUUAAGAAUAAUUGACUAAAUUUUGUAAGAUAUUUUCUAAAUUUUUAUUAAAUAAAUUAUUAUUAAUAAUAAAAUGU